UAAAUAGCCCAAUGAAAUGUACCUCACCAUGAUCAGAAGAGCCAAAUUCUUCAAACACGCACAACAUAAGGAGCAAUAUGAUCAUGACUGGCUUAUACCAGAAGACCACAGGUCUUGUUAUUUUGAUGGGGCUACUUCUACUCUUGAGCACUGGUGAAGCCCAAAGCAACCGAGAUUGUUGUCUGUCUUACACCAAGAAGCCACUGCCUAAAAGGAUUAUCAGAGGAUACAUGGAACAACUUUCUAGUGAAGUCUGUGACAUCAAUGCUGUCAUUUUCUACACUAAGAAUGGAUUCAGAGCUUGUGCAAACCCCAAGGACAUGUGGGUGCAGAAACACCUACGCUGGUUAAGUGGAAAGCUCAAGAGGAUGUCACACUCACAACAUUUCUGAACCAAAGCCAGAGAUAAAAACCUAAACUAGAUUGGAACUAUACCUCUGUACACUGUUGUGUGCUUGCUGACUGCUAAACCCUGGGUUCCAUGCAACCCUCAUUCAGAAACUCUUGUAUUGUUUCUGGAAUGAUGCGACAACCAAGCUGAAGAAUUGAGGCUAGGUUGCAGUUGUUUCUCUGUACACUUGCUGAUUGCUAAUUGCUGCGUUCACUCGAACUUCAAAAACUGAUUCAUAUUUCAUCUCAUACUAAUUUGAAUGAAGCACCUUGUACGCAUGGCUUUGUUUACUUGUGUAGAAUCAUAUUUUAUGAUGAAUCGAUAAAUAUUAAGUUGUAUUAUAUAUAGCAUGUGCCUUACUGGAUGUGGCAUACAUCCCAUCCAUUAAAGGUUCAGUGCCUGCUAUUCUUACAGCACACGUAUAACUUGUUCUGCAACAUCUUGCUGCAUAUUAUUAUU